GUGACGUCAUAAGGCUGCGCCACGCUCCUGCAUUUGUUGUGAUUCGGCUGAAGAAAGGACAAACACACAGAAAAACUCCUGGUGAAGCGACUGAGAUCCACGUGCGUAAAGAUGCCUUUUAUUAAAGAGGAGAGUGAAGACAUGAAGAUUGAAGAAACAUUCAGAGUCAAACAAGAAGAUAAUGAGGAACAAACAGACCAAAUGCCGCUGAACGAGGAGAUUCAAGAUCUGAAUGAUGUAAAGGAAGAGAAACAUGAUUUCAUAACUGGGGAAAAUGAUCUUAGCUGCUCACAGACUGAAAAGACUUCCUCACGAAAAAGAGCUCGAAAGACAGGGGAUAGACGUUAUUUCACCUGCUUUCAAUGUGGAAAGCGUUUCAGACAACGUGAAAACCUUAAAGCUCACAUGAAAGUUCACAAAGGAGAGAGUCCUUACACCUGCCAACAGUGUGGAAGAGGUUUCACUGGAAAGGGAAGCCUUAAAGCUCACAUGAGAGUUCACACUGGAGAGAAGCCUUUCACCUGCGAACAGUGUGGAAAGAGUUUUGCACAUCUAGGUACGCUUAGUUACCACAAAAGACUUCACACUGGAGAAUCUCCUUUCACAUGUGAUCGGUGUGGAAAGAGGUUCAGACGUAAAUUAAACCUCAGGGGCCACAUGAGGCUUCACUCAAAAGAUAACUGUUUUAUGUGUCAUCAGUGUGGAAUGAGUUUCACAGACAGCGAUCACCUUAUGAAACAUGUAAUAACUCACAUUGGAGAGAAGCGUUUCAUUUGCCCUCACUGUGGAAGGACUUGCUCGAGCAAAUCAAACCUUGAGGUUCACGUGAGACUUCACACUGGAGAGAAGCCUUUCACCUGCCAACAGUGUGGAAAAGGUUUCAAUGAAAAAGGAAACCUUCAAGUCCACAUGAGGCUUCACACCGGAGAGAAACCUUUCAUUUGUCUUCAGUGUGAGAUGAGUUUCACAUAUCGAAGAGACCUGAAAAUUCAUUUGAAAGCUCAUUCUGGAAAUAACAGUGUUGUUAUUGGUCUACCGGUUACUGCACGUAGAAACAAAAAGCCCAUUAUGUGAAUCUCUGCUCUGGAGGCUUCUUGAAGCUCAGCAAUUGCUCACAUUGUAAGGACCGUAAUGAUGGCGUCGAUUUUUCAAUGUCAGUUUGAGCGCAAGACCUGAUGAUUUAACGUUGGAAGAACUAGUUAUUCAACCAAAACCUCCAUCACAAGGACGAAAUUGAGCAGGACGUUUCUCAGUGAUACGCUACUUAGUUUGAUGUACAUUAUUAGAUGUUGCAACUGUGAUUUCUUCUACAUCAGCAACAAGUCCAUCAACAAACCCAUGUGUAUAUUUCUAAUUUAUUGAGGUGCACAUGUGUGAACUAUAUCAUUAACUGUAUCAAUAACGGUGCAUAUGUUAGCCGAGCGCUAACAUGAAUGACUGAUGUAACAUUAAAGUUUGUAAAACAAA